AUGUCCCGAGUCAGCAUCCCGGCUCAGGCGCUGCCAGGCCAGCUUGUGUGCGAUUUUGAGCUGCAGCGGGAGGAUGCAAACACCAUACUGGAUAAGCUAAAGGCGGCACUCGAUGCGGCGGCCGGGGAGGCCAGCCCCAGCGGCGGGCGCGGCGGCGAGGCGGCGCUCAUGUGCAUGCACUCCCAAGGCACCGAUUACACAUCAGUCUGCCUGGACGCGGAAUGCAACACGCGAUUGAUGCUGUCAGCCUCCAUCGACCGCAGCGGCAACGAGUGGGUCACCGCGCACAGCCUGGAGAUCGACACGCUGCUGGCACCCAAGGGACGCUUCCCCAUGCCCCACAGCGCCGCCGGAAAGAUUACCGGGCAGAACUGCCUCGCGGUUGCGUCGCUGCAUGGCUUUGGUGGGCCGCUAGCAGAGACCUGUGUGGCAGCCUAUGGCGGGGCCCUUGUUGUGUGGCCCGUCGGUAACGCCAGCAAGCCAGGCGCCAGCAACGUGGCCACCCCUGGCAGCCUGACGCCCAAGGCCCUGUGGAAGGCACACGAUUCCCUCAUCACCUGCCUGCACAAGUCCAGCUUUGGGCUGUUUUUGUACAGCGGCGCAGCUGACGGAAAGGUGCACAUGUUCAACAUGCGAGAAAAGCCCAAUCGUCCCAAUGCCGUCUUUGCGCAGCAGGGCCGCAUCACAGGCAUCUGCCAGCUCAACGACAGCCAGCUGCUGACCACGGCUGGGGAUGGGCGCAUGGUGGUGUUUGACGUGCGCAACGCAUCGGCAGGGCCCCUCAAGUUUGCAGUGCCCGACACCAAGCCUAUUGUGCGCAUGGCGGUGAGCCCCUUUGCCGACUCGGUGGCGCUGGCCACCACUGCGGGAAUCUUCACCGUGGACCUCAUGGACGCGGCCUGCCAUGUUGUGCCGUUGGCGCCCACGCUGCGCACCCCGGCCACAGCGCUCACCUGGAACUCCUCCACAUCAGAGGUCAUUGUGGCGGGCGGGCCCGGCGCUGCAGGCACAAUCUCAGUCUUCAGGCAGUGGCUGAGCCCAUCAAGUUGA